AUGCAUUCCCAGAGUGGCCUCAGCGACCCUUCUGGUCCCACCUGCCCCUCCCAGCCCUACCACCUGGCAAGAGGUGGGCCCCCUGCCCCCAUCAGCCCCAUGGAGGAGCCGCAUGUCACCCGAAGCCCAGUCCAGCUAAGUUCUCCAGGGACAAGCAACGAAAGGGAGGAGGAGAAAAAGGAGGAGGAGGAGGAAAAGGAGGAGGGGCGUGCAACUCCCAGGGCUUCUUACUGCACCAUCCCUCUGCGUCCCACUCCCCACCCUCUGGCCUGUCUUCUCACUGGCAAGCCCUCCUUGGGUGUCUGGUUCCUAUGUGGGCAACACUUACCUCUGUGUGCUGGUGACCCGUGGAGCUUCCAGAACAAUGUGUGCAGUCCGGAGCUGACCCCCCUGCCACCCCAACAGGGGCUACCUGGGCACUGCACUCCCCAGGCUUCCCUCCUCAUCCCUCAGCAGGGGCAUUGUGGGGGUGUGAGCACACAUGCUCGGCAGGUGCUGGAUCUGUGCUGGGCUUCUGAGCAUCAGAGGCCCCAAUGUGCCCCUCCAGGCUUCCUAGUCACCUCCAUUGGGCACAGCAGGAAGCCCCCAGGCUGGGGCAGGGGCAGGAGUUCAGAUGGAGACAGGCAGUUCAGCAGCCAAAGUCCCCAUUGUAACAGGCGCUGCUUUCCACCAGUGUGUAGCACCUGGUGGUGGGGACACCCAGAGGGGCCUGGGUGGGAGACCCCCACACCUGCUCCCACCUGCUCACUGACCUCCUGCCUGUCCCUAUGGGGGUCUCUAGCCACCUGUGUACAACAGAGGGGGAAUCAGACUGUGGCCACCCUCUCUAGACCUGCACCCCGUUCCUUUCUGCAGCCGGACGGGCUGGCCAAGAGCAACCGAUUGUGGAGGGACAGGUGCGUGCCAGACGUGAGCAGAGAAGACAGACGCAGGUGUGGCUGUGGGCAGGGCGGCCUCUCUAAGGUCCCCAGGAGUAGUGGGGGAUCUGUUUGCAGGACAGAGUCAUGGGAAGCCUGGGCCAGCCAGGCAGGUCCUGCCAGUGGGGAAGGAGGUGGCUGCUCCCACGGCUGGGCCAGAGGUGUCCCUGAUGUCCGUAGAUGGUGCUGGGAACCAAGAAAGCAGCUGCUCUUCCUCCUUCACACACGGAUCGAGUUCCGCAGCAGCCGGAGGCCGCGGACGUGAGACACCAGCUGACGCCCAGAGCCUCACAACCCCUGGACCCUGGACGCACAUUCUCCCAGGGCCGGUGCCUGGAAACAAAGGCCACCCUCGCCAGCCGGAAACUUCUAGGCUGGCAAUGGAGAUGGAACAUCCGAUGACCCCCUCUGUAUCCUCCUCUCCCCUGGGGUCCUCCAGGAAGACCUGCGUGGUCAAUGACCCACUUUGUUUUGUUUUGUUUUUGAGAUGGUGUCUUGUUGUGUCUCCCAGGCUGGGGUGCAGUGGUGCGACCUCGCUCCGGGGUUCCAGCGAUUCUCCUGCCUCAGCCUCCCAAAGUGCUGGGAUUAAGGCGUGAACCACGCACCAGGCCAAUUUUUGUAUUUUUAAUGGAGACAGGGUUUCACCAUGUUGGCCAGGCUGGUCUUGAACUCCUGACCUCAGGUGAUCCACUUGCCUCAGCCUCCUACAGUGCUGAGAUUACAGGCGUGAGCCACUGCACCCGGCUUCAAUGACCCACUUGUCCACUGCCCUGCACUUACAUCCUCAGGCAGCUGGAGCCACCUUCGGCAGGAAGCCCUCCCCCUACCACCCACUCACCCACAGGCGGGGCUUCCCCUUGGGUUGCCAUUGACCUUGUGGUCGGCAGGGCACCCGGUGCUCCCAGGUGUGUCUCCCUGCGUGGCCCAUGAGCUCUUCUGUGUGGUGCUCAGAAAUGCUGCUGGGCAGUUUUACUGAAGUUUGUACAUAUAUGAUUCGAUGAGUUUGGCAAACGACCCAGCCGUCAGGAUGCGUGAGAAUUCCUACCACCCUGGACCUGCAGCCACCCCUCUGUCUUCUGUAGCUACAGUUUUGCCUUUUCUAGAAUGUCAUAGAAAUAGAAUCAUAUAGCACA